GCCUGAUAUUCUGAACUCCUGAAUCCUGAAUCUAAGCCUGAUAUUUUGAACAUCUAAGCCUGAUAUUCUGAACACCUGAAAUCCUGACCUUAAGCCUGACAUCCUGACCACCCAGCUGAGCUGGAAGGUGGAGGGGGAUACCAAAGCCCACUGAGCAGCCCAUCACAGCUACCACAGCAACCCUUUGGGACCUCUUGGGACCGUAAUCCUGGGAAAAACAACAGCAAAUUCAGCAGGACUCGGGAUUCUAAACCAAAAUAAAAGCUGCUGCCAAACUUCCAGCAGAUCUGCUUUGGGGCUGAGGCUGGGAGAAGCAUCUGAAAUAAGCAAAUUGUGCUGAGCAGGUGCUGGGGGAGCAGGGAGACCUUUCCUUGCUGCUCCACGAUGAUCUCUGGCUGAGAGCUCCUGGCCACGCGUGGAGGAGACAGGAGAAACCUUUGCAAGCUCCUUCCCAGCUCUGCUGGACCAAAAGCAAGGAAAUACUUUUGGAUAAGAGUGUGGGUUGGUGGAUCUCCUUGAAGGAUGCCUGGCCAGGAGCCUGAGGACUUUGGAGCAGAAAUCCUGUCGGAAAACUCGCGGAUGAUCCCUGGGCUCCCCCCGUAUGACAUGGAUGAGCAGCUCCUGCCCCGGCAGCCCCGCAGCCCCUGCUGCUGCCUGGCCUGGACCCUGCUGAUAGGAACCAUGAACUCCCUGGUUUUCCUCCUGAAUUUGCUCCUGAUGUUUGUUAUUUUCACCGUCGUGCUCCUUCCUACCAUCGUGGUGGUUUACUUUGGCUUCCAGUGCCACUCCCAGGUGCUGCACUCCUCUGCCCGCUACUGCAAGAGCAUCCUGGACGACAACAGCUCCUCUGCCCUCAUCAUCCUGGGCUUUGUCAUCAUGUCCCCCCUGCUGGUGGUGGCCAUGGCCAUCUACUGCAGCCUGGCCCGGCGCCUGCAGCUCCUGGUUUGCUUCCAGCCCUACAGCCUGGCCCUGUACAAGGGGGGCCGCUGCUGCCACGCUGGGGAGGGGGCUCCGUGCUGUGCCAGGGGCCGCCAGCUCAAGGCCUGGGUGUGACCCUGCAGCACCAGCGGCGUCCCCUCCCUGUGCCUCAUCAUCGUCAUCAUCAUCGUCAUCA